AUGAUCAUUGAUAGCAUAUUGGCCUCUGGCCUCUGGGCGGUUGCCUUCGGUGUACUUAUUUGGACUCUCUAUACCGCUGGAAAGGCAUACGUUGACCCUCUACGGGACGUCGACGGGCCAUUUGUCGCAAGAUUUACCGGUCUCUGGCAUCUGAAGAAGAUAUUCGAUGGAAAAUUCGAGCUGGUCAACAUUGCACUUCACAAAAAGUACGGCACGGUAGUUCGAAUAGCACCCAAUGUCUACUCCAUCGAUGAUCCGGAUUGUGCAAAAGUGUUGUAUGGGCACGGAAGCAAGUUUGUCAAAGCUUCCUGGUAUUCGGCUUGGAUGCCACCAGACCCUAACAAAGCAUCCCUAUUCGGAGAUAUUGAUCCGCACCAUCACGCCCUGCAACGACGCAAAUUUGCAUCAUCAUAUUCAAUGACCAGCCUCGUUGGAUACGAGUCAUUCGUCAACAACUGCACAAAACUAUUCGCAGACAAACUUUCCGACAUCGCAAAACGGAACGAAAAGAUAGAUCUAGCUCACUGGUUUCAAUGUUAUGCCUUUGAUGUCAUUGGCGAGAUCACAUUUGGUCACCGUUUCGGAUUCCUGGAGGACAGCACUAGGACAGACGUUUUUGAUGCUAUCGAUACACGCAAUCAUUAUAGCACUUUUGUCGGAUUGUUCCCUUCGUGGCUGCAUCGGAUGUUGUUCCCUUUACUACCCACAACCGGAGGUCAUGGGUAUGUCGGCAAGUAUACUAUGGAUGAAAUUGCUUCCCGCGAAAGACUACUCAAAAGUCCGGAUGUUAAAGAACGCGAUGGAAAGCCCGAUUUCGUGUCUCGGUUCUUCCAGAUCCGCCAAGAGGAUCCGAAUAAGAUGACCAAAAUGGAUAUUUUCACCAUGUGUCAAAGCAACAUUGGAGCUGGCAGCGAUACGACUGCUAUAUCCCUUUCAGCAACUGUGUACAACCUCUUGAAACACCCUGAGACUUACAAACGCCUCAAAGAAGAAAUUGACGAGGCUGCAGCAUGGGGAAAGAUAUCGGAUCCUAUCUCAUUCAAGGAGGCUCAAGAGUUACCGUUUCUGCAAGCCGUCAUUAAGGAAGCACUCCGGUUGCACUCUGCGACAGGACUACCCUUGGCUCGAGUCGUACCUGAAGGAGGUGCGAUGCUUGCAGGGAAACAUUUUCCAGCAGGUGCUACCGUAGGUAUCAACUCGUGGGUCGCUCACCGAAAUCCAAAUGUCUUUGGACCAGACGCCGACAUCUGGCGGCCAGAGCGAUGGCUAAACAAAGAUGAUACUACUAUUGCUGAAAUGGAUCGAUAUUUCCUAGCCUUUGGCCUGGGAAGCAGGACUUGCCUUGGCAAGAAUCUGAGUAUGUUGGAAAUGAGUAAGUUGAUACCACAGUUGCUGAGAACAUUUGACUUUGUUCUUGGAGAACAGCUUCAGUAUCAGGAUUGGGAUACGAAAAGUCGAUGGUUUGUGAAGCCUCUGAAUUUCUACGUCAACGUUGUUCGCCGGUAG